AUGCGGCCAGAGACAGGCGCGCCGCUCGACCUGGGCGCGUACCUGGGCGCUUGCGCCGGCUGGCCGCGUGUGCAACGCCUCAUGUACCUAAUGGAACAUGAUGCGGCGUGGCGCGUACCUGCGGCGACCGAGGCCGCGCACCUCCUGCAAGAGACAUGGGACACGGAGCGGUUCCGUGAGGUAUGUACGGUGCGCGGCACGCCGUGCACGCCAGACGAGGACGCGUGGAUCGCAGACACCGAGGCGAGCAUGCAGGAAACACGCGCCGUCCUCCUGGCCGACUUGAGUGCGUGCCAGGUGAAUGGCCCUCGCGAAGCCAUACGCCGAGCGCACAUGGCAUUGGGAGACCACUAUCGGCACUGCGGGCGCUUCCGCGACGCGCUCGCCCACUAUGAGAGCGCGCGUGAGUACGCCGCUGAGCACGAGUCUAUUUUGCGGGCCGAGCUCGGUGCGAUGGAGACGGCGUGGGAUGCUGCGGAGCCAUCGCGCGUGCUGGGCCAUGCCGAUCACGCAGACACCGCGCUCGACGCGCACGAGCGAGUGGGCCAUGCGCCUCGGUCGGUGCGCACGCGCAUCCAUGCGUUCCGCACUCUUGCGCACUGGGCGCUCAUGGAGCCAACGAGUGCGCCUACGUGGCCCGAGCCACUGAGCGAGCCGCUCGAGGCAUACAGCGAUGUGCUUCCGCCCUUGUCCUGCGCGUGGUAUGCGGUGCUAUGGGCACUCGGUGCGCCGCCCGCACAGCAGCAGUCGCGCACAGUGCAGCUGCAGCGCAGUGCGGCGUUUCGUGCGUGGACGGCGCACGCACCGGCACCGGCGCACGCGCUUUCCGCAUAUAUCCGAGGUGCAUGGACGGAGUGCGUGGCCCACCUGCACGACGCGGUGGCCGUGUGGGCGCACGAGCCCCCGCUAGGCGCGGCGCGUGCAGCCGCAUGUCAUGAGACUGUCUUGCAGCAGCUGAUCGCACGGUAUCUCGGCGCAUAUCGCCGCCUCACGCUCCAAGCGCUGGCGCACGUACCGUCGACGUACUAA